AUGAGCGAUGGAGAGUGGAAAUCUGUCGAACCGAUAAUGCUUGAUGAAUUGAUUGGACAUCUAAAUGAGAAGAAGAAAUGGCUUGAAGGAUCUGUAGCGUUGAUGCCGGAGGAUACCUCUUCAUCCCUGUUGUCCUUACCUGAGGAUAUUCCCAAACCACCUGCAAGAGGGUUCCGCAAAGUUAUUCCCAGUGUCAAGCAUGUCUCCGCCGACCUUCAAGCUAACCAGGAGGUUAUGCUGAUAAACGAGACAGCCAAACGUAAUGCUAGCCCUUCGCCAACGCGACUUCUUCGCCACUCACUACGUUUGCGUCAAAAAGAUCCUGUCUCUUCAGCGCUGGGUGGAGAUUCGCCGUUCAUUCCGAUACGCGGUUCGCCGAUCCACUGA